AUGGCAACGAGAUUGAGCAAUGAGGUAGCUAGAGAACAAGAUAAUUUUAGGAGGAUUUCACUGUUUCUUAAGAGAUUGAAUAAUUCCCGUGUCGUCUGCAGGUAUCCACUGAUGGGUUCUGGUACUGGCUCCGUUGCACCUGCUGCAGAGGAGAAUGUGGAAUAUGUUCGGACUCUUUAUGACUUUCCUGGUAACGAUGCAGAGGAUCUACCAUUUAAAAAGGGGGAGAUACUCGUCAUCAUAGAGAAGCCUGAAGACCAGUGGUGGAGUGCCAGAAACAAAGACGGCCGCCUUGGGAUGAUCCCUGUUCCUUACGUUGAGAAGCUUGUGAGAUCGUCUCCUCAUGGGAAGCAUGGCAGCAGGAAUUCCAAUAGCUAUGGGAUUCCCGAGCCCGCUCAUGCCUAUGCUCAGCCUCAGACCUCGAGCCCUCUUCCCAGUGCAACCCACUCUCCUGGGGCUGUCAUCAGCCCCUUGCCAUCCACCCAGAAUGGACCAGUCUAUGCCAAAGCCAUUCAAAAGAGGGUUCCAUGUGCUUAUGACAAGACUGCCUUGGCAUUAGAGGUUGGUGACAUUGUGAAGGUCACAAGGAUGAAUAUCAAUGGUCAGUGGGAAGGAGAAGUCCAUGGGAGAAAAGGGCUCUUUCCUUUCACGCAUGUCAAAAUAAUUGACCCUCAGAAUCCUGAUGAAAAUGAGUGAUCUGCUGGCCCAUCUCUACAUUGCUGCUUCCUUUUUCUGGCUAUCUUGAGCAUCAUUUGAAGUGUGAUGGUUGUUAAUGGCACAUCAUAAGGACUGCCAAUUGCCCAUUUUUCCAUCUUGCAGUGAUUUCACAGCCUGACGUCUCUCUUUGGAAUGCACCCAAUUGUCCGGCAUUUGCAGUUUCUCCUAGAAGGAUUUUGGACUGUGAGCUGAUAGUGGUGCUAUCUAGGCAGAGGGGGAGGGGUUGAAACAUCCAGUUCCUGGCUGAAAUGGAUAUUUUGCUCAGGAAGAGAAUUCUAAACAACUUUGUCUAACUCCAAACAAUAAUAAAAAUGCAUUUUUAUGAGGCAUGGAAGACUUGAGAGCAUAUAAUCAGGUUAAGCAGUUAGAAUAAUUAUGUCUUUAGGUAAUUAUUGAUGCUUCUGUGCUACAAAGACAGUCUUUUUUUUUUUUUUGAGUUUGCCAUUGAUUUAGAAUAAAUUACAGCAAACUUUUUUUUGAGAAAUGCAUUUCCUCAUCAUCUUUUUAUAACUGUGUAUAAUUGAUUUGUUUGCCAUCUACCUGCCUAAACUUUGUUGUUCGAUUCAGUUUUUUUAGAUCUGCAGUGAUACUGCAGGCACUAGAUAUAACUUUUAGAAGAAACUCUUGUGCAAGCUUUGGUGAAACUACAUUUACUCCUUUAAAAUCAAAAGUUUUUUAAAGAGCAAAAACUAAGCAUUGAUAAUCAGCUACAGAGAAUGCAACAGUAACUGAAAAGAUACUCCUCAGCCUUUGUUUUCUGCAGGGACACAGGAGUGCAAAGUCAUUGUAAAAUCUCUCAUUUCUCUGUGCUAAGUUUAAACACAAUGAAAUAUGAUAAUGGAGAAACUUGAAUGUUGGUUUUAGCAUGUGAAGACCUUGACUCCGUAAGUGAUGUUUUUAAAAGUUCACUGGUACUGGUCUCUUGAGCUGUUGGACCUCAGGAGUUACGUGUCCAACUCAGUAUUCAAGUGCCUUAGUCUGAGGAUGAAAGGUGCUGAAGGGAAGCAAUUGGAGCAAUUCAGUCUAGAGAGAAGCAUUUCAGUUCACCAGCAUGGUCUGGGGAAAGGAAUACAGUUUUACUGCCCAAAGAACUGUGAAUUAGACUUGCCUGGAUGCUUCCAGACCCUCUGUAAUAGACCAUAAUGUGGCUGUUCUAGAAAGUGCCUGGGCAUGUUUGAAUUACUGCAAAGUAGUACUACUGAGCUUUGUGUUAGGAAUAUUUAAGCUGCACUAAAUGUCAGUCUGCCCUACAAUAAUUCUGCAGCACAGCUGGCCUAAUCCUCAUGAACAAUCCUUCAGGGCAGCAUCUAAGCUGCGUAUAAAUGUUUUGUCUCAAUGAGCUGCAGAGAGAGCAAGGACCUAGUCGGGAUUCUGCUGUGCUACCUGUAGAACAGCCAAUGCUUCCCAGUUUCCUUGGUUAGCUCCACCCUUGGUUGCUUUCUGCCCAGGGUUUCACAGACAACUAUGCAAGUGAGUCUCAAGCCAUUAUCAAAGGCCACGGGAAGAGAAGUGGGCAGUGGAUGGCCUUCACACCCAUCUGAGAUUAGACUUGGAGCAGCUUCUAUCAGAGCUGAUAAAGGCAGUUCAGGUGUAACAUACUAAAUGAAUUUGAUGGUACAUUUUAAUGACAUCCAAAUGUUUGCUACUUUACUGUUCUGUUUUUUCAUACCUAGAAAAGCUGGAUGUGCUCUCAUUUGUGAAUGUCACCAAGGAUGAACUGUCCUUGCUGUUUGCUUAUGUCUGGUGUGUUCAGAGAUCCUCCUGGGGAAACCAGCUACUCUGGAUAAUUGUGAGGAUCUUUUCAGUCUGUGUGUUUUGAUGUAAGGUAUUAAAAGCCUUGAAGUGGAAUCCUUGUAAAGUCACUCAGAAAUUAGUUCUGCUAAUUGAUAAGGAGUGUGCCUAGGCUUACCUUCAAAUUGGCAAGUAGCUGGAAUAUUGACUGUGGAAGGUCUUCCAUUUCCUCAUUGCAACAACUGAUGCCUCAGAUUAGCAGGGAGGUUAGAAGAGCUCUCCCUCACAAGGAAAGUCCUGACUGAAAUCAAACAAGCAAGGUCUUUGGGGUUGUCUUGUUCAGGGGUGAAAAGCAUUUGUUCUGCUAUUUCAUGUGCAUUUUUAUUUUACUUUGCUUGGGGGGGGCGGGUGGAGGUGGAAGUGAGAUAGAAUAGAAUGAGAGUAUCUGAGGACUGGCUUGGCUGCCUGGUCUGUAAUAAAUUUCUCUGGUAUCUCCAGCUGAAUGUGACACUGUUGGGUUGCCAUUCCAUAGAGGAAAGGGGUAGCCUUGGGGUUCACAGAACUUCACUGUGUUACAUCUUUUAAGGCAGUGAAGUAUCAUUUUAAUUUUGAGCAAAAAGCUGUUGGGAGGGGCUGUGACUCAGGUGAAAGCACCAGCUUUGCCUGGAGAAGGCCCUGAGGGAGGGCUGGGAGAUGCCUGCUGGACCCCCGUGGAGAUAGGCUGCCAGUCCAUUUCUCCAGGCUGAACUAGGUGGACCAAGGCUCUUGCUCACCAUGGAGCAGCUUCUGAUAUUUGUGGACUUUGCAUCCUAUUUGAGGGAUUGUCAUUGCUUUUUAUUUUAUGCUACAAAUUAACAGUAUUAAAUAUAUUCUUAGAACACAUGAAAUGUGUUAAAAUUAGUGCCUUUUUGUUUUCUUAAUAUAUUUCACUACUGGUCCCACAUCAAGCAAAGAAGUUCAGUGCCCUGUUUGUAUACUCUCAAUAAAACAUUCAUCCAAUUUGCA